UUCGCUCCUCUCUCUCUCUCUGCUGCCUCCGCCGCCGUUUCGCGCCGCGCCGGCGAGAGACCUUCCGCCGUCCAUUCGAUUCCUCUCCUAUCUUCGAGAGCGGACCUCGCCGGAAGACAGAUUCGCCAUGGAGCCUCUGCCGUCUCCCGCCUCUAUGGACGUCGAGGCGCCGGCUCCAGCGGAGCCGACCUUGCCGGCGAAGCCCCUGUUCGCGCCGCUGAAGGCGCAGGAGAUGUCCGACGGGCGGGUCCAGUUCCGCAAGGUCUCCGUCCCGCCGCACCGGUACUCGCCGCUGAAGAAGUCGUGGAUGGACAUCUACACGCCGGUGUACGAGCACAUGAAGAUCGACAUCCGCAUGAACCUCAAGGCCCGCAAGGUCGAGCUCAAGACGCGGCGCGACACCCCCGACGUCAGCAACCUCCAGAAGUGCGCCGACUUCGUGCAGGCCUUCAUGCUCGGGUUCGACGUCCCCGACGCCGUCGCGCUGCUGCGGCUGGACGAGCUCUACGUGGAGUCCUUCGAGAUCAAGGACGUGAAGACCCUGCGGGGCGAGCACCUUUCGCGCGCCAUCGGUCGGUUGUCGGGCAAAGGAGGUAAGACGAAGUUCGCCAUCGAGAAUGCGACGAAGACGAGGAUCGUCAUUGCGGAUUCUAAGAUCCACAUAUUGGGUUCUUUCGCCAAUAUCAAAAUUGCUAGGGAUUCGCUCUGUAGUUUAAUUCUGGGUUCGCCGGCCGGUAAGGUGUACUCGAAGCUCCGGGCUGUGAGCGCAAGACUUGCUGAGAGAUUUUGAAAAUUAGGAUCUUUUUUAGCUUCUAAUUGAUGCUGUUUGUGGAUGAGAUCACUCAAAUUUUGAUACGGAAAUCGAAAUUCGAAAUCGAAAUAUAAGAUCAUUGUAUUGAUGCUGUUUGUGGAUGCGAUCACUCAAAAUUUGAUACGGAAAUCGAAAUUCGAAAUCGGAAUAUAAGAUCAUUGUAUUUCUUAUU